AUGGCUCCGGUGGACACCCCUCAGUAUGACUACAUCGUCCUUGGCGGUGGGAGUGGUGGCAGCGGCAGCGCCCGACGCGCCGCUGGCUGGUAUGGCGCAAAGACCAUGAUCGUGGAGAGCGGUCGCUCCGGUGGAACUUGCGUGAACGUUGGGUGCGUCCCCAAGAAGAUGACCUGGAACUUCGCGUCGGUCAACGAAACCCUGCACCUGGCCCCGCACUACGGAUACGACGUCCCCAAGGAUGUCAACAUCAACUACCGCCACUUCAAGGAGCUCCGCGACGCCACCAUCAAGCGCCUGAACGGGGUGUAUGAGAGGAACUGGGGCCGCGAGGGCAUCGACCUGGUCCACGGCCGCGCCCGCUUCGUCGGGCCCAAGACCAUCGAGGUGCAGCACGAGGACGGCACCAAGGCCCGCUACGCCGGCAAGCACAUCCUGAUCGCCACCGGUGGGCGGCCCAUCAUCCCCCCGAUCAAGGGCGCCGAGCACGGCAUCUCCAGCGACGGGUUCUUCGAGAUCGAGGACCUCCCGCCCAAGAUGGCCGUCGUCGGUGCGGGCUACAUCGCCGUCGAGUUGGCCGGCGUCAUGGCCGCCGCCGGCGUCGAGGUGCACAUGUACAUCCGCGGCGACCAGUUCCUCCGCAAGUUCGACCCCAUGAUCCAGAAGACCAUGACGGAGCGGUACGAGGCCGUGGGCGUCCACAUCCACCGCCACCACACUGGGUUCGAGGAGGUGCAGCUCCUGCAGGACGGCAAGGGCAAGGACAAGCUGCUGAAGCUGGUCAACCCCGACGGAACCUCCACCGAGGUCAACGAGCUGCUGUGGGCCAUCGGCCGUGCCCCCGAGGUCGAGGAUCUCGACCUGCACAUCCCCGGUGUGUCGCUCAACGAGCACGGGUUCAUCCCGGCGGACGACUACCAGAACACCAGCGUGGACGGCAUCUACGCGCUGGGCGAUGUCACCGGCCGCGCGGAGCUGACCCCGGUCGCGAUCGCCGCGGGCCGUCAGCUGGGCAACCGCCUCUUCGGCCCGCCCGAGCUGAAGGACUCCAAGCUGUCCUACGACAACAUCCCCACCGUGGUCUUCGCCCACCCGGAGGUGGGCACCAUCGGUCUCACCGAGCCCGAGGCCCGCGCGCGCUACGGCGACGACAAGAUCAAGGUGUACUACACCAAGUUCACGGCCAUGUACUACGACGUGAUCCCGGCCGAGGAGAAGAAGAAGAACCCCACCGAGUUCAAGCUCAUCUGCGCCGGUCCCGAGGAGAAGGUGGUCGGUCUCCACAUCCUGGGUCUGGGCGUGGGCGAGAUGCUGCAGGGUUUCGGCGUGGCUGUCAAGAUGGGCGCCACGAAGGCCGACUUUGACAGCUGUGUGGCCAUCCACCCUACCAGUGCGGAGGAGUUGGUCACGUUGCGGUAG